AUGCAAGAAAGACCCAAUAAAUGUUCAGACUCUUUUAACUCAUGUUCUUCUAAGAAUUCUAUAGAGGGGGGUAAUGUUAACUUUCCUAAAUUGGGUUUCCCAGUGGCUUUCAAUAGAAGGGAGGGAGGAAAUAAUAGAAGAAAGUGUAUAUCUUUUAAAGAGUCUAAAGCUAAGGACAUUGAGUUGGAUGUUGGGGAGUCUCUGAUAGGUAAUUUGUCUGAAUUGAAGAUUAGUCAUAUAGAUUUACUCAAACUACGCUGGACAAAUCAGAUAGAACAAGAAGAAAUAGACAAAGAUGAAAAUAAGGGAAUACAUAGAAUUCGAUUUGGAUUUGAUGGAAGUUUAUGCAACCAAUCAUGUACUAAUAUUGAAGAUAACAUGAAAUACUAUAAUGGCCUCUAUCACCAUUCUGCUGAACCUGAUAAAGCUGGUUACUCUUUGCCGGAGAUAUUACACCUCUGUAAAAGUAGCAACUCUGCACAAAGAUGCAUUGCAUUACGUACAUUAGUAAAUAUUUUAAAGAAAUCUAGAUGUAUACUUAAUAAGAAUGAACCAAAUAUAUCUCUUUCGAACUACUUGGUAGGAUUUUCAUUUGGGUUUGAAAGAUGGUUUCAUUAUAUAACAACAGACUUAUCUGUUCAUAUAACUCUGUUGAAUCUUCUAUUUUUGGAUUCGGAAUUAUCUAAAACUUGUGCUUAUUCAAUAAUUGCAUUGUGUUACUUACUAUCAAAUACAUAUGACUUUGAACAAACAGAUAUAUGUAAAAAUAAUAUUCAUGAAUUCAACAAGCAAAGACACGCUUUGCAUUGGCUGCAAUAUUACCCUUCGGCAAUCGAAUUUAUUUAUGAUAUGGAUAAAAAUUUAGGUAAAAUGGCCUUCUAUUUGCCCAAUGAAGCGUUGAGUUUAGGCCUUGAUUACUUCUUAAAUAAAGAUGGUGAAGUUUUUUGGUAUAAUAACCUACUCAGAGAGGAUCAUAUUCAAAAAUAUAUACUACCAAAUGGAAGUGAAAUUACUUUAAGAAGAGAUUUAUUUCAGGAGAUUUACUCCUACUAUCCACACAACUAUGAAUCAAAUUUACAUCAAAAUGCAGUCUUAAUGCGUUUGAAUUGCAUGAUUAAGAACAAUAAGUGUGUUAUUGAUGCACGGAUUGCAUCUUUACGCAUUUUAACUACAUUUAUUCGUAGACUAUGUAUAAUUGAUAAUACUUGUGAUCUAGCAUCACUAAUAGAAACAGUAAUUACCAAACUUUCAGAGGAAUUUUCGGAUUAUAUACCCAUGACUCUACCAAUAGUUAAAGAUAACUUGAAAUUUCAGUGUGUAGACGAAGGUUUCUUACGAUUAUGGCUGGAAUAUCUCCUAUUUCUACGUAUUUAUAUAGAGUCUAUUCUAGCCAUACAUAAGGAUAACAAAGCAAUUACUGACCAUCUUGAACUAUUGUCGAGACAGCUGGGCACUCAUAUAAUUCCGUUAGUUAGGGUUUAUAUACUAUAUGGCUUUUAUAUAUUAAGUAUUAGUAGUAAUGAUGAUAUUACGAGAAUGGAAAAUUCAACAUUGGUACUACUUGGAACUGUAGAAAGUCUUAGAAUUUUAACAUGUCUAUCCUUUCACAACUAUUAUGCUGAAGAUUUUGACAUAUACUUGCAAACUUUCGUAGAUUUCCUUGCUUGUUACUCUUUGCCAUAUAAUAAUAAAAUCUACCUUGGUAUCCCAGCAUAUAUGCUUUUCCAAUUCUUUUCUUUGGCUACUUGCAUCAACAAUAAUAGUUGUAUAGAUAUCAGUAACAAUAUCAACAAUAUUUCAAUGAAUUAUAUUGGUGGCAUAAUCUCUAAUGUCUUUGACUCACUACACAAAAACUUUAGUUCCAGUGAUAAAUCAUGCUUGUCAUACAUUAUUAUUUCUUUAUGCAGAUUUCUGGGGUCAUCCUAUACAAAUAUCUCGAAUUCUAAUAAUUCAGCUCUGAACUUAAUUAAGGAAAUAUUCUUAGAGGGAAUUGCUAAACAAGGGAUUUUAUUAAGCUAUUUAGAAAAGCUAAUUUUACAAAGCAGAAGAUUAGGAUCUCUAUUAAUUAGAGAAAAAGAACAAAAAACAGCUAUAGACUUUAUACCUAACAGUAUCGAUAUUUUAAUACUCACAAUUGAGUCGGGGAGCUUAUCAACUACUUUAGCUGGGCCACCUAGUAUAAAAGGGCUUUUGAGUUCAUCUUCACAUUGUUUGACCUUGGAUAUUAUUACUGCCUCUACCUGUGUUAGAGAAAUAAUGGUAUUAAGCCCUAUUCUAGAGGACAAAAUAUUCUUAAAACAAGACAAAUUAAUUAACUUCAUGAUUGAACUGAGGAACUACCAGAAAUCUCAAAUUGGGCCAUUUUACUCCUUAAAUAGCGAAAUAGAUAUAGGCAUAACUGAGAUUAGCAGCGAAAUACUAAAUGGCACUUAUAAUUAUAAAAACUACAUGGAAAUAGUUCAUUCUGGGUCAACAGAAUACCCAUGGCUGAAAAUAUCUAAAAAUUCUCCAUUCGGUGCAUUAAUUUCAUCAACUCUAUUGUGUUUAUUUGAAACUUUGUCGGUGAAUAGCAAUGAUAUAACAGGAAUUGGAUGUUCUCUACUACUAGAGGAGAAUAUUUACACAAUAGCUUGUUCCAUGCUCUCGUGUAGGCAAGUUAGCCAAUUUAUGAACACGAUAUAUAUAUUAACAAGUUUACUUGAAUCAUCAUCCUAUAAACAGAAUUUGAGCAAUAGGGAAUUCCUAUUUAAGUUACUUUUCAGCUGUUUCUUCAAGUAUUUUGGAGAGCAUCAAAACUUGUGUUUCGAACCUUUGUUGCUGGUACUCUCUGCACCUUUAUUUGUACCAAAUAUAUCUAAAGAGUAUAUUGUGGAGAUUUUCCAAAUAACUUCAGUAAUUUUAAAGGCAUUUUUAAUUGGAAAAGUUAAUUUUGAUUUUAUGUUGAGACCACUUUUUGAGUAUCUUACCUGGUCAAUUGUAUAUCAAGAUGACCUUUUAGGAAUAAAUAAGUACUCCCAAAUCUUGGGAGAUUACUACAUAAAUAUCACUAACUAUAUUGAGUUUAACAUAUUAAUUGGUGGUACAAGCUUAUAUAGAUGGGAUGUACCAAAUAACGACAUAAUAACUAAAUUAAUUAAAUUGAUUUUUAAUUUUGAUAAUUGUAAACCUAUAAAAUUUGAGAUUCGGAGUGUAAACAGCAUAUUCAACCCAAAUUCCGUUGUUGAUCAAGUAUAUAUAGAUAGAAUUUUCAACAGUUUGUGUGAAACAGUGUACAGAAGUCACAUCGACUUCUCAAUAUUCUGUUAUAUUCUUCUGUUCUUUAUAUCACCAUUUAAUGUUGGUCCUAAAGUACAGCUCAGCUUACUGAAUAAUGAAUAUAUUUUACGGCUACUAUUUAGUAAUACUGAGGAGAGACUCCUUGGUAGCAUCUGCAAUUAUAUUCCCUAUAUACAAGUACUGAAAUGUGAAAAAGAUAAGCAAGUACAAAGAGACUUAAUUAAGAAAAUAGAUGAAUUAAUAACGACUUAUUCUGAAAUAUAUGAACCAAUGACUGAAUCUUUAAUUUUUAAAUUACUUGUGAUACAGUCACUCGUAUAUUCUAUAAUCCUUGAGCCUACAGGAGAUAAGCGUAUGAUUAUGAUCUAUAAAAGCCAAUAUUUGUAUGAACAAUCUCCUGACGAGAAUGUUAGAAUAUUCCUUCGACAAAUACAAUUAGAAUUGUGA